AUGAAGAUCUCCGCCGUUCUCUCUACCUUGAUGGUCGCCGGCCUCGUUGCCGCCGCUCCUCCUACUGAGCGUCCUACCGACCUGCAGAAGCCUCCGGUUCCUCUUCCUACUGCUGAAGCUCCUGUCCCGCCCAAGCUGGACAACGACAACAGCAAGCGUGGAGAUGUUCCCCCGCCUAAGAAGCCUACCGAUCUCCCAACUCCUCCCAAGGAUCCCAAGGAUCCCAAGGAGAAUGACAACGGCAAGCGCGGUGACGCGCCACCUCCUCCUCCUACCGACAAGCCUCUUCCUCCUAAGGAAGAUGACAAGGGCAAGCGUGACGAGGUUCCCCCUCCUCCUAAGCCCACCGAGGACAAGCCUACUCCCCCGAAGGACCACGACAAUGACAAGCGCGGUGAUGUGCCGCCUCCUCCCCCAACGGACAAGCCUCUUCCUCCCAAGGAGAAGGAGAAUGACAACGACAAGCGUAGAGACGUUCCCCCUCCCCCUCCCACUGACAAGCCCCUCCCCCCUAAGGAGGACAACGACAACGACAAGCGCGGUGAUGUCCCUCCUCCUCCUAAGCCCACCGAGGACAAGCCCGCUCCCCCCAAGGAGAACGACAAUGACAAGCGUGGUGAUGAGGUAUGUCGUGCCUGA